AUGAUUUGUGAUUUUAAUUAUAUUUUGAAAUCGAGUAGUGUGAAUUGCUAUAAACGCAGAAUUCCACAAGAGGAAAACUGCAUAAUAGUAGCUGAAUUUCCUUGCGCCCAAGAGCCAAUUCCAAAAUCUUCCAAACAAAAAAAAGAUAUACUCGAGGCGCAACAGAAGCUCGAAUUCGAACUUUUAAAUAUCGUUGUAAAUAAGAAUCUCGAAUUCAAAAGUGUUGCUAUUCAGACGGAGGAGUUUAUAAAAAGUGAAGAUGCCAAAGUAUACGACGAACAGCAAAAUGAACAUAAGCAGCUGCUGAAUACCGCUUUUAUGGAAAAAAGCGAAGAACUGCAUUUACAACUCGAGCGACUUAUAGAAGAAAAAGAAAAAAAGUUUAUGAAAAGCUUGGAAGAGAAAGAAUGCGAAAUUGAGGAGCUCAAAGAAGCCGUAUUUGCUAAGGUUUUUUUUAUAAAAAUAUGACUGCUGAGGCUAAAGAGCG